GAUUAUGAUGAAAUCAAAUCAUGAUUGCGGAGCUUUCACUUGUUUCCUCUUCUUCAUUCUCUCUCUCUCUACUUGCUUUGUUCUUGGAACGAUACAAGAUUCAAAUCUAUUGCCCCUUCAUAUGCAAAUACUUCUAGAUUGAUAGAGAGAGAGAGAGAGAGAGGGAGAGAGAAUUCAGAAAGAAAUCUUCGAGACCUCUUUCCAAAAAGUGGAGCUCAUGUAUUACGGAAUUGGGUUUUUUCACACGUUUAAAAUUAAGAAAUAUAGAGAGAGAGAGAGAGAGAGAGAGAUCUAAGGAAGAGAGAAAUUAGCUUUUGAUUGGUAAUUGGAUUCAUCGCAACAAAUAAGGAAAGGAGAAGAAAGAUAAAAAGGGGGUUGUGUGUGAUUUGAAUUUGUUGAGAAAGCAGGGAAUGCAAGCUGUGAGUAGUAAAAGAGAGAUAGAGAAAGAUGGAUUUUUGGCCAGAGUUUCUAGCGAGCAGUUGGGGGAAAGAAUUCGUGGCGGGAGGGUUUGGAGGAGUAGCCGGAAUAGUGACCGGAUAUCCGCUCGACACGCUGAGGGUUCGUCAGCAGCGGCACUCCACCAGUGGUUCGGCUUUCACCAUCCUUCGCGGCGUUGUGGCCACCGACGGACCCCUUGCCCUCUACAGGGGCAUGGCCGCACCCCUCGCCUCUGUCACUUUUCAGAAUGCCAUGGUUUUCCAGAUCUAUGCAGUCUUAUCGCGCACAUUCGACUCUUCAGUUCCUGCUACAGACCCUCCUUCUUACAAAGGGGUUGCGCUUGGAGGAGUUGGAACAGGUGCCAUACAAAGCCUACUGCUCACGCCUGUCGAACUAGUCAAGAUCCGCCUACAAUUACAAAGCACAACAAAUAACGAAAAAUCCCAACUUGCAAAUUGUCAUAGAGGUCCAGUAAGUGUUGCCAAAAGAAUAUUUCAAACAGAAGGUUUGAGGGGAACGUACAGAGGCCUAACAAUAACUAUGCUCAGAGAUGCACCCGCUCAUGGUGUAUACUUUUGGACGUACGAGCGUAUGAGAGAACAACUUCAUCCGGGUUGUCGAAAGAGUGGCCAAGAGAACUUCAAAACGAUGCUGAUUGCAGGAGGCCUUGCAGGGGUUGCUAGUUGGAUUUGUUGUUAUCCGUUGGAUGUGAUCAAAACUAGACUUCAAGCUCAAUCACAAUCUUCGUCACCAAAAUAUACGGGCAUUGUUGAUUGCUUUCGCAAGAGUGUUAGGGAAGAAGGAUAUCAUGUGUUGUGGCGAGGAUUAGGUACUGCAGUUGCAAGAGCUUUUCUAGUAAAUGGGGCUAUUUUCACUGCUUAUGAAACAGCUGUGAGGUGCUUGUCUAACAACAACAACAAUCAUCAUGAAAGCAUACAAACAGACAAUGAAAUCUACAAGGAAUAGCUCUACAAUGUAUUUCAAAAAGAAAAAUCAUAUGAACGAUUAGAAUAUGAUUAGGUUAUUAUGCCAUUCUUCUUGCAAUAAAUUUAUUCUUUGUAGAGAGACUACUACAUUCAUACUCCAUUGAGGGGCACCAAAAAGAUAUGACUAGCCCAUCCAUACUCCAUUUUCAUAUCCCAUGAAAAUAAUAACAAUAAUGAUUAAGUGAUAGCUUUGUACCUAUGCAAAAAAAGGUAAUAAUAAUAAUAGUAGUACAUCAAUCGAUGAAUGUAAUUCCGAUUCAUUUCAUAAUAAUCAGAUAUGUCGGACCAUUUUAAUAUUA